CGCUGUGAAGAAACUUUCAAUACAGAGCUUGGAUUACUGCUGUGCUCCUUCUUUCUGUCCUGAAUUACGAAGACCAUGAUGAAGCCUCAAUGCCUACAGUAAUUCAAGAACUAAUUUCUAAGUAGAAAACUCCGAAAACAUACUUGUCUAAUCUCGGUUCAUUAUGUUUCAAACGAAAGGAAAUCGCACAAAUCUACGAAGGUCGUCCAGCAGCUGCUCCAUUACUGGCCACUAAUUACCAUUUCUUAAAUUACUGGUAGCUUCUUAGUGGCUUUCAGAGUGCUGUUUUUAUGGGACUUUUUAACACCAUGUACUAUAAAAUAGACUCCUGCAGCUGCACUUUGUCCAGGGCUUAAAGUGCUCACCAAUAUGACCUGUGUUUGGGGCAUUGCAAGCUUUCUUGUGGGAUUUUUGCACCUCCUUCAAGCAUUUGCCUACGAUGGUGGGAGUGUUAAGGGAGUGACGCAGAGUGAGUUAGAACAGAGGAUCAGAUCGGCUGCAAACCUUGAAGAGCUGCUACGCAUCACUCAUCCCAGAGAGUUGAAGUUAUGGAGAUGUCGGUCAAAACUUAAGUCCUACAUCAGCACUGACACCAGGUCAGGGCCCCACCGCUCAACCAGAUUUGCUGCAGCAUUCUAUGACAUUGAAAUACUAAAAGCUAUUGAUGAGGAGUGGCAGAAGACGCAGUGCAUGCCCAGAGAAACCUGUGUGGAUGUGGGAAAGGACCUCGGCACAGCUACCAGCACAUUCUUCAAGCCGCCCUGUGUCUCGGUGUACAGAUGCGGAGGUUGCUGUAAUGAAGAGGGUGUCACUUGCUUGAAUACCACCACUUCUUAUGUCCUGAAAACGGUUUUUCAAAUUUCUGUGCCUUUGACUCAAGCACCAGAACCUGUAACUAUCAAGGUUGCCAAUCACACAAGCUGCAAAUGUUCACCCAGCGGCUCCCGUCAUCCACCGACCAUCAUUCGUAGAUCCGUGCGCUAUCCAGAAUAUGGUUGUUUUCAAGAAAAUAGAUAUUGUCCUUCUGGUUUCCAGUGGAACAGUACCAAGUGUGAGUGUGUGCUAGAAAAGGAUACACCACUUAUCAGAAGAAGGGAAGAGUUGGCCUUAUGCGGCGCACACAUGGAGUUUGAAGACAAUUGUGAAUGUGUGUGCAAGCUGAAAUGUCCCGGAAACCUCGUGCUGAAUAAAGAGAACUGUACCUGUAGUGAAUGCAGUGAAAGUCUGGAUAGCUGCUGUGAAAAGAGGAAAAUAUUUCACCCAGAAACCUGCAGCUGUAAAGACGAUUGCCCAUUCCAAGCCAAAGUGUGCCCAGGUGGUAGAAGAGCCUGUGCUAAACAGUGCCCCUGCCUCAGAAGAGGACUUAACCUCAGAGACAAUCCAUAAGUAGAAGGCAUCACAGUUCAAGAUCUCAGAGGACAAUUCAGAGCAUUACUACGGGGAGAACAUUCAUAUAUCUAUAUCUACUGUUAUUAAGGUGGACAAUGAUGUCUGAGGAGAAAUAAUAGCAGUACAGACAAUGGUCCAAUGGAUUUCUGCUGUGAUGGAUGUAAAUGAACCACCAAAACCAGCUCUUUGAAGCCACCUACACUCAGGCAAUCCUUGCUGAUCAGUGUGAUCACUUCAUCCAAACCUGAGACUUAUUAAAAGCAAUGGUGGACAGACUAUCUGGACUGAACUUAUAGUUGGUCAGUGACAGGGGAGGAUUGGCCAUAGACCCUACAGAGAAAUUUCUUGGUAAGCCGAUGCCUAGGAGGGCCAGCAGUCCUCCUGAAUUCAACUGUAUUGACGUCCUCAGGACAGCUAUAUAGUUGAAAACUGUGGCACAGGUGGCAGUAUUUUGUGCUGCACUGUGGUAUUUGGUUCAGCUGAGGAGGUAUAUUGCUCUGCCCUAUGGUUUUGCUGGCCCCCCUGCUUCUGUUGCCCCUGCCUUAUUAUGUUGCCUUCUUUCGGUAUGGACCUGCCUGCAACAUGGGGCCUCUUAAUUUUUUUUACUGGGCCACUUUUAGUUCCCAGUCCUACAACUCUUGACCUUAAGGCAGAAUCAACCACAGUCUGGGAAGCUUAAACUACAUGUUUGCUGGAAGCAAGAUAUCUCAAGAUAUGUGGAUAAGAACAAUGUGGAUGGAAGUCAUCACCAGUCAAACCUUAAAUGAGAGGGAGGAUACUUCAUUUGCUUAAACUAGUUUUCCAGGAGUACAACACUGAUGACUUAUCUUCAGGAUAGUUCAUCAGUAUCAGAUCGAUGGGGGUCCAACUUCCAGCACCCUGACGAUCAGCAGUCUGAAGACAGUUCAGUCCCAUUCAGGUGGUUGGGCCUGAGAUGCAAUAUCAAGCACUGCGCCUAUACAAUGUAUGGCACUGUGAUUGGUAAACUGUGUAGAGGAUGCAAAACUCCCCAGAGAGCCAUGGCCUCUUCAAACAGCUGAUUUGAGAGGGCGCUGGGAGUCGGACUCCCACCAAUCUGAUAUUGAUCUAUCCUGAGGAUAGGUCAUCAAUAUUGUAUUCCCAAAAAAAAACUACUGAAUAAUAAAAAAAUUGAUCAUUCUCCACAUCCUGUCAUCGAAAAUCCGAUUACAAAUUUAUAUUUUUUUGGGAUAAAUAUUCAAUGGCCUAUGAAAUGUACACGGGUUAGGAAAAACAAAAAUAUCAAAACUUUAAAAUGUAAAAAGAUUUAUAAAAUGAGUCUUAUCUGUCACACAGUGAUUGCAUUUGCCUUUAGCAGACACCAGGGGGUGCACUGCAUACAACAGAACUCAUUGUGUUCAACACCAGUUGUACAAAUUUCUAUGAAGAGAGCCCCCCCUAGUGGUGGCUGCAAGUAGCCAGAUAUCAUAAAACUAUGGCUGUGUGAAGGAAAGCCGAUUAAUAUCUUGUUAUAAUUAUAUCAUGUGAUACCAAUCAGCACAGAAUUUGUACCUCUAAAUAGAAUGGGAGGUGGUGGCAUCAUACAGGCUCUGGUGUCUGCCUCUGAUAUUCUCUAAGAAUGGUGGAGGAUGAAUCACACAAUAUGCUUCUCAGAUCCAGAGCAGCAUUCCUGAG